GGGCGUUGCCCAAGAAGCCUUGUGAAAUGCUUGUCGGACCACCUGUAGCUUGUUUCUUUUCAGCUGUUUAGAAGCCAAAGCCAUGGCCACAAAUCACGAUUCCCAGGAGAAGGACAUCGAGUCCGCAUCUGCCACCUCACGCUCUACACCAACGGUUGGAGACUACACUGCACCAACAGCAGAGGAAGAAACCACCCUGAGAAAGGUCUCUGGCGGCAUCCCGCCAAUCGCAUAUUUGAUUUGCGUUGUUGAGCUUGCCGAACGUGCAUCAUACUAUGGCGCGAAAGGUGUUUUCAACAACUUCAUGCAGUUUCCUCUACCUAAGGGAGGCAACGGUACAGGCGCUGUGCCAAAGAGCAAUCCGAACGGCCAUGCCGGUGCACUGAACCAAGGUCUCCAAUUUGCAUCGGCCAUGUCUAUCCUCUUCACGUUCUUGUCCUACACUAUCCCGAUCUUCGGUGCCUGGCUUGCUGAUGCUAAGAUUGGACGCUUCAAAGGUAUCCUUAUAGGUGUUCUGAUCGGUGGUUUCGCUCACGUCAUUAUGAUUGGUGGUGCUGCUCCUGCUGUGUUGAAGGCUGGGAAGGGCGUCGCACCUUUUCUGAUCAGCUUCAUUCUGCUUGCCAUCGGUGCGGGUAUCUUCAAGCCGCUUGUCGCGCCUACGCUCCUUGACCAAUAUGAGCACCAGAGGCCGUACACUAAGACUCUCAGGAGCGGGGAGAAGGUCAUCGUUGACCCAGAGACCACGAUUCAGCGCAUCCUGCUCGUAUUUUAUGGCUUCAUCAACGUUGGAGCCUUCUUCGCCAUCGCCACGACCUACGCAGAAAAGUACCUCGGCUUCUGGAUCGCUUUUCUUCUCCCUGGUAUCGUCUACUUCUUGCUGCCAAUCUUGCUGUUCUUCAUGAACAAACGCUUAGUCAAGAAGCCGGCAGUCGGAUCAGAGCUUGUCCAAUUCUUCAAGAUCAUCGGAGUUGCCAUCAAGGGCAACAAAGGUAAGCUCUGGGGCAAGGGAUAUUGGGAUGCCGCACGACCUUCGACUCUCGCUGCCCAGGGACGUACUGUCACAUGGACUGACAAGAACGUUGCUGACGUCUACCGUACACUCGAAGCCUGUCAAAUCUUCUUGUACUUCCCUCUCUGGUUUCUAAAUGACGGCGGUAUUGGUGCCGUCCAGUCCAACCAAGGCGCUGCCAUGACCACCAAGGGCGUACCAAAUGACCUGCUAAGUCACUUCAAUCCGCUGACAAUCAUCGUGUUCUCGCCGAUCCUCAGUCACGGUCUCUAUCCUCUCCUGCGACGCUACAACAUCAAGUUCGGGCGCAUCAACCGCAUCACAACCGGCUUCAUCAUCGCCGCCAUCUCUGGGGCCAUCGGUGCAAUUGUCCAGUGGCGCGUCUACAAGACAUCUCCGUGUGGCUACUUCGCAUCGGACUGUGACGGGGUCUCGCCCAUCACUAUCUGGUGGCAGCUCCCUAACGUCAUGCUGGGUUCCAUCUCAGAGGUCUUUGUCAACAUUACUGGCUAUGAACUGGCCUACGCUCGCGCCCCUCCAAACAUGAGGUCCAUUGUCAUGGCUCUCUUCUUAUUCAACACAGCCUUAUCUCAGGCCCUUGCAGAGCUCUUGAUCCCCGCUAUUAAGGACCCCCAUCUUAUUGUAAGUGCUCUACGAAUAAACCUUACGCUUCGUACUGACCUGUUUCGUAGUGGGUAUGGGCCGGGCCUGCUAUUGCACUCGUAGCACAGACUGUUAUCUUCGUGUGGAGGCACCGCAAUAUCAACGACGACGAGUUUAUGGUAUACGAGGAUGAAGUGCCAGCCGAGAUUGUCCAAUCUGUCGACAACGAGAAGAAAUAGACGGCUGAAAUCACGAAGCUUGGAGCGACGAGAUUAACCAUCAGACGAAUCAUCUCGAUUCUUCAUAGCAAGUCACAACAUGAGCUGUAGGAACGGCGCUGCGCAACGACUGCAUCCCCCC